AGUGCGCUCAGGGAGUUGUGAAUCCGAUUUAUACGCACGGACGUGCUCCAGCUCCCAGGGCUGUGAGGAGAGCGCGGUCGGCGGACUGAAGAGAUUCGGAUUGCGGGCUAAUUUCAACUCCCCCAGAAUGGAAUACAUUCAGUAAACCAUCGUUUGAAGGAGUUGCGGGGACCCUGUGCCAUGGCCGUAGACGCUGCCUCUAGUUUUAGUUUCUGUCGCCCAGCUGUGGAGUACAAGGCCCUUCCUGAGGACUUCAAGUACCACCUCACCCGCUGCACUGGGGGGAACCUGACCUGGCAUGAGGGCCGCAGCCAGAAGACGGCGGGGGGCCGGACAGUCAAACUCCUGCAGCAGCCAGGCACUGAAGGACUGCAGCUGCGUACAGGCGAUUCCUACUCUGUGUACCACACCAGUCCCACCAUCCCCAGUCUGUCCCGGCCUGUGGUGCUGUGGAGUCAACAGGACGUGUGUCGCUGGUUGAAGAAGCACUGUCCACACAACUACCUGACCUACGUAGAGGCCUUCUCCCAUCACGCCAUCACAGGCCGUGCUCUGUUGCGGCUGAAUGGGGAGAAGCUGGAGCGCAUGGGCCUGGUGCAGGAGACCCUCAGACAGGAGCUGCUCCAGCAGGUGCUGCAGCUCCAGGUGCAGGAGGAGGGACGCAACCUGCAGCUCCUCAGCAGGGGUUUGUGUUCAUUCGGAAACCUGUCAUAAUCCAUCCAUCCAUGGACCCACUUGCCCAGGCAUGGCAGAGAGCGAGAGACAGAGAGUGAGCCAGAGAGGAAAGGGCAUCGGACCGUGCUGGGGGAGGAGGAUGGGGUGUGUAAGUGUGUGUGUGUGUGUGUGUGUGUGUGUGUGUGUGUGUGUGUGUGUCUGUGUGUCUGUGUGUGUGUCUGUCGGAGCCUCUGGGCCUGAGGCUUCUGAGACAGAUAACACCAGGCUGGACCAAAGCACUGGAAACGGACUCCUGAAAGACAUGCUGGAAAGGCCUCCCGUCGAGGCCCUCCAACUGCAGCCUCCUCUCAUCACACACUUACUGGAGCGGUGUGCUGUAGCCCGCAGCAGUGGACAGAGGAAGCUUGAGAACAAGGGAAGGGAAAGGAGAGCAUGUUGAGCACUGAGCACUCCUCUCCUGCUGCUUCUGCUUCCAUCGUCUCAUUUUCUCCCUUAUUUGUUGGUGGCAGAUGGGCCAAGCUGGAACCGAUUCCAUAUCAUUGUCUUUUUCAUCGCUGGACUUAAGAGACAUUCUGUGAGAAUGAGUGAGUGAGUGAGUGAGUGAGUGAGUGAGUGAGUGAGUGAGUGAGUGAGUGAAUGAGUGAGUGUGUGUGUGUGUGUGUGUGUGUGUGUGUGUGUGUGUGUGUGUGCAUAUGUGUGUGUGUGUGUGUGUGUGUGUGUGUGUGUGUGUGUGUGUGUGGAAUGGACUGUGCAGUGUGCAGACUGCACCGCAUGCUUCAAAGUCGCCCUAGAUGACAGAAGGCAGAUGCCAACAAAAGAGAGAAUGCACGAGUCCCUCUUCGCCCCAAGGACCCAGUUCUUCCAUCAAACAGACCAGUACUCAUUGACACUAAAAAGCGCUGGGACUUCACAAGACAUUGUUAUGCAUACAGCAUACUCACUUUUGCAUAAGGAAUACAAAUAAGUUACUUUGAAAGCAUUUAUUUGCCCCAUAUGUUUAUGUUAGUAUAGGUAAAUGGAAACAGAUUGAUGGAUUGUGCUUUGAUAUUUAUAGUACUAUCAAUAGAACUUAUUAUUUUACAAUAUGGACUGGCAUCUCCUGAUUAUUUGACAUGUCAGAGAUAUAGGCAUUGAUUGUUAUGCUAAAUUGGAUUGUGUCAGUUGCCCAACGGCUAGAAUGAUUGAUAAUGAAUUCCCACCAGUAGACUAUGUUAUGUUUUGUUGUUUGAGCCAUGUGUCUGGGUGAUGUAUGACCUAUUCUAAGAUCCUUCCAUGAGAUAUAUCCUGCAAAUUAUGUUGACACGGUGACCUCAGGGGAGAGGUGAUCGCUAUAAUUGCAAAUUUAUUUGGAGUCACUUGUUUGCCAGUUCAGUUGAUGCCACUGACAACAAAAUCAGAUUUGUCCAAGGUGACCACCAUAAAAGUAGGCUGCAAAACAUGUAUUCUGUCCUACUAUAUGGUGUAAAUCGAAAUGACUGUAAAAGACUUUUCAAAACACGUUCAGACUGUUACAAGACAUAUACUGCUGUUUAAUAUUGUUGAGUUUGCUUAUUAUUAAGUGAGUUUUUCCUAUCUGCGUGAUGUACCCACAGUUAUCAGCGACAAAAAUAAAACGUACAAAACC